AUGAAUCCCGCGCCCAACGUGAGCAACGGCGAUCCUGGCUCAGCAACUGCCACCGCUGCUAGGCCUGCACCGCGCCGUGCUAGGCCCACUACCCAUCCUGCCACUAACCGCCGCCUGGAGGUUAUAGACCUUGACACCAUCGUUCUCCAAGCGCCCGAUCUAAACACUCCUAUCAACGCCGACGACGACACGCUCGCGUAUUUCGACGCCGGCGAGAUUGAGACGGACUUAGACGAGCACGCUGAAGAGGAAGGUAGUCUUCCCGGCGCCAACGACGUUGGCGCUCCGCCCACUACGCCCGGCAUAGCAGAUCAAGGUCCAACGACCGAGGGUGUGGGGUCACGCACUCCGCCUCUGGCUACGGUGGCGGCGCCAUCCCCUUCUCGCACCACGCUGCCCAGUUCACCGCCGGCACCACCCGCAACUUCCCCUGCGCGCCCCGUGUCAACCAACUUGGCGGAGGCAUCUCCGCCGUUCUCACGGGGAGCCGGUGCACGUGCGGGUCUGUCGCUGCGCGGGCACCGCGUCGUUCGCUGGCCUCAGCCUUCGGCUGCGGGCACAAAAAUACACGGCAUGGAAGGCGGGGGAACAGAAUCACAGGAAGGUCAGCUAACCGGUGCGGAUGCGGCACUCUGCAACGAAAUCGCUACGCGGACUAUGGGCGGACUCUUCCGCGAUAACUUCGAGCAAUUCAUGCAACUCACUCGAGAGCUGGUGCAGUCUGCUCCAGAUGCCCCAGACGCCAAGAGGCGUAAAGGUAACCUGCCAGACGCUGACGACGGCGGGUCAGCGUAA